AUGCUUAAGGCUGACGAGGCCCUUGGGAGUGCUUUCAAGACGCUAAAACUUAGUACAAUGCGGAUUGGCAAGGAUGAUACCAAGAUGGUGGCAAAAUUUCUGUCAAGCCGCAAUUUCAAGAUUUGGUUCCAGCACGCCGUCAAGAUCAACAAAGAUGAUCCCUAUGGCGAGAUGCUUAAAGCACUCACAAAUGUCUUUGGUGAGAAAAAUGUGGCGAUGAUGAUCCUAGCCGGGAACCUGUCCAGAAACUCGCGCGACGUCGCAAAGAAGUUAGAAAAGGCCCAGUUCUACAAGUGGUACUUCGUCGAUAAGUACAAGACAGCAGAUGAGGUUUUCACGAACGUGCUGAAAGCUGAUCGAAAUAGAAUUCAUGGGUAUGGUCGGGAGAAAGAAAUUUAA